CAGAUUCUUUCUGAGUGGAAACAGAAGUAUGAGGAGUGUCAGUGUGAGCUGGAGAGCUCCCAGAAGGAGGCCAGGUCUCUCAGCACUGAGCUCUUCAAACUGAAGAACUCUUAUGAAGAGUCUCUUGAACAUUUGGAGACCAUGAAGAGAGAGAACAAGAAUCUUCAGGAGGAAAUUUCUGACCUCACUGAGCAACUUGGUGAGGGGGGAAAAACAAUUCAUGAGUUGGAGAAGGUCCGUAAGCAGCUGGAGCAAGAAAAGAGUGAGAUUCAGUCUGCCCUUGAGGAAGCAGAGGGUUCUCUUGAGCACGAGGAGGGCAAGAUUCUAAGAGCUCAGCUUGAGUUCAACCAAAUCAAGGCUGACAUGGAGCGUAAACUGGCGGAGAAGGAUGAAGAGAUGGAGCAGAGCAAGAGAAACCUGCAGAGGACCAUCGACACCCUGCAGAGCUCUCUUGAAGCUGAGACUCGCAGCAGGAAUGAGGCUCUGCGGCUGAAGAAGAAAAUGGAAGGAGACCUGAAUGAGAUGGAAAUCCAGUUAAGCCAGGCCAACAGGCAGGCAGCCGAGGCCCAGAAACAGCUUAAGGCUGUUCAUGCGCAUCUAAAGGACACACAACUUCAGCUGGACGACUCUCUGCGAGCCAGUGAUGAUAUGAAGGAAAACAUUGUCAUUGUUGAGCGACGCAACACCCUGCUUCAGGCUGAAGUGGAGGAGCUGAGAGCAGCUCUGGAGCAAACGGAGAGAAGCCGCAAACUUGCAGAGCAAGAGCUGCUGGAUGUUACAGAGAGGGUGCAGCUACUGCACUCACAGAACACCAGCCUGAUAAAUCACAAGAAGAAGCUGGAGGCUGAUACAUCCCAGCUUCAGACUGAAGUGGAGGAGGCAGUGCAGGAAUGCAGGAAUGCAGAGGAGAAGGCCAAGAAGGCCAUCACUGAUGCUGCCAUGAUGGCAGAGGAGCUGAAGAAAGAGCAGGACACCAGCGCUCAUCUGGAGCGAAUGAAGAAGAACAUGGAGCAAACCAUCAAAGACCUGCAGCACC